UGACGUCACUGUCACCUGCACUUUGUUCACUCAUCAUGGCGCGCUGAGCCGCCCCUUUGCCCUUCUCCUACACUAUAACUUCCUCUUCUUCUUACUUUAGGCAAAAUAUAUGGACUUAAAUUCUUUCACAGGUAAGUUCCACUACAUCUACCCUUCCUCUGUGGAAGCGAACAACACAUUUCGUUAGAAACAUGAGCCACGAGGAGCAUCGCCUACAAACAAUACAGCUUAUCAUGGGUACGUUAGAAGCAAGUGUCGAAUGUGAUCAGCUUGUCAACAAACUUGCUGACACCAAGAUCAUAUCUACUUCUGACGUUACUAGGAUCACUGACACAGAGGAGAAAGACAGGAUAAAAACUAUUUUUGAAGUUCUAAUGGGAAAGGGCAAAGAAGACCUACACCCCCUAGCUCUGAAAAUAUUGGAAUCACAAACAAGUCCAAGCCAGCAAAACACCAGAAACACAGAACAAGCCAUAGAGAGAGUGGUCCAGGGUACCGACACAUCAACAGUAGCUGCACGGUCUUUCAAUGGGAGGAGAAUACUCAAGUACAGUGAUUUGUCCAAUGAUUGGGAGUUGAAGAACUUUUUGGUUGACCUCUCAGAGGAAAUUGGCGAGAAGGAAAUGGAGGCUAUGAAGUACAUCAUGCGUGGCGAAAAUGGCUUUGGUGACGCUGUGCUGGAAAAACUGACAUCCCCAUUGAAGUUCUUUGAAAAAAUGACCCAAUCUAGACUAAUCGAUGCAUAUAAUCUACAUUUCCUGCAAGCCUUGCUAUGGCGCAUCAAAAGACGUGACCUCAACGAAAAGAUUCGUCAGUUUUGUCUGGAGAGUGACAAGAAGCCAAUCAAUUUUUUUCUCCCAGCCGAGCAUCCAGAAAACGGAUACAAGUAUGUCAAGUUCCAUGUAGAGGGCGACAUAGAUAAACUCACACACGCAGACAAAGAACACCUGAGAGCUGACGUAGCACGAAUUCUGUGCGUACCAAUCACCUACGUCUUCAUCAGGGGUCUUGAACCAGCGAAAAGUCUCCUGUUUACGUUCAUGGUCCCCGAGGAAGAUGUCAGCAGCUUCAUUCACAUCUAUCACUCACAGGAGGCCUCAUUCGUCCACCUGUCUAUCCACGUACAGAUUAAUGAGACGGAAUUAUCCCUAUCUGAAAUUGCACUAACAACGGAACAGGAAGAGAAACCCAUGUAUGGUCAGUUGAAGCAUCUCUUGGAGCAAAAACAGAGUCUUAAAACACAGCUUGCAGACAGAGAUGAGCAGCUGUUGGACCUUCAGGAUGAACUUGAUAGAAGGGAAGGAGACUCAACCGUCGACCAGGUUCUACAUGAUGAUGGAGCGUUAAACGCACAACAACUUCAUCAACAGUAUGAACUGUUCAAGGACAUGUUUUACAGAAUAAUGGAUGUGAUGAAGACAAUGAAGCCAAGGGAAAACGUGACUGACAGCAAUGGCAAGAUUGGGUCGUUGAAACUGUCCAGUGCAUCAGCUCUGUAUAGAAGACUUCUCUCGCAAGCUAGACAACGUUGUGAAACUUUGGAUAUAGAUUUGUUAAACAAACUGUUGGAUGCAAAGACUACACUUGAAGCAACAUUACACGAGGAGAGACUCAGAAAAAUGCAGGAAGUUAUUGUGAUGCUCUCAGAACAUGUGGAAGAACAGGCAGAAAUGAUUGCAAAUUUGCAGGCAUCCAGUAACAUAGCCGGAGCAUCGUCAACCUUCCUGCAUGACAUCUUGGCAAUUCAGGAACAAGCAAGAAACCACGCCACCAAACAACACCAGGAUGAGACACCCAAACUAGAAUUCAAUGGUAUAAUAGGAAUGAAAGUGGUCAAAUUGAUAUAUCAAGCUCCACAUCAGAUUGGGAUUCAUCCUGAACUGCAAUCGAUUCUGACGUCACUGACCAAAGAACUCACAAACAAGGAAAGAAAUAAACUGAAGAAGUUCCUUUGUUUUUCUGAAGCUGAAACGGAACAGCUGAAACAAUCUCCAGACAUGCUUCUUGAGCUUGCAUUUUUGAGGGAACUUCGCAAGGGAAGACAAGAAGGUCCAAUGGAGAUUGUUGGGGACAUUUUGGCGAAGAUAAGAAAAAGAACUUUGGUCCAGCAGUACUUGUACCCUGAACAGCAACCCAAACUGACUAAGAGGCCAUCGUCGGAGAAAAGGGGUGGGCCAGGAAGAUCAAGUCGAUCAGAUACACCUCAAAGAAAGCGAAAGGAAAGUGGAGGAUUUAAUGCAUGAUCAAGAGGAGGUGACAUAUGUCCAUAGUCUGGACGCUGAUAAAGAAGUGAGAACAAAAGUCUUGAUCUCAAGAUGAUUCCAUAUUCUGCCUUAACAAUGCAAGUGCUUUAAAAGAAGAAAUAUAUUCGUGCAGUUCCUGUGUGCAGUUCAUGGCCUAAGACUACAAAGCAGAGACCUAUCAGAUAACUAACGAUGACACAUUACAAUGUAGUUAUUUGGCAUUUGUUGUUACUUUUAUCCUUUUAUACACAUGUCAGAGUAACGUUUCCAAUUAAUCUUCAGUCAGGACGUUAUUUCUUGUCUGUUGAAAAGAUAAUAUGUAUCGAAUCACCGACGUUAUUGUUCGGCCACACACAUUGUCAUGGAGAACAUUUUGUUAUUGGGUUUGUUUGAAACCCGAGAUUGAACUUAAUGCUGCUUUCAGCUCAAAAGGUAGAAAAACCUUUAACUGACAACUAUAUUUAAACCACAGAACCACAGUGCUUACUUUGUCUGAUCCCUAUGCUUUUGCAUUGGUGUCAUUAUUUACAACAUGUAAGUAAACGCAAACCUCUGUACCUUUCAUAGCUAAUCGGGUUUAAGGAGUAGGAGGAAUAUUACAACACUGUAACCCACUCAUUUGUUCAUAUGUUCUCAAAACAAAGAACAACUGAAGUCUAAAUAACGCUAAUGUAUUCGCAAAUCAGUUUCAUUCAUAAGCUUGUAGCACUUGUAUGUUAACUUAUGGUCCAAAAGUAUGACCUCAUUUUCUAAAACCGCUAUAUCCGCUUUUGACUGGGCUGACCUCGUAAUUGACACGUAGAAUUUACCUUCAGCCUCAAUCAUCACUCAUUACACCGAGAAAUUGUAACACAAUGACACUUUUUUCCUUGAAAUUGCAAGACAUUUACAUUGCAGACAUUAAUUAGAAGUGUAAGUGUGCGGCACUAUUAGGAGUCCUGAUAAGAAAGAGCGCAGAAGAAUGGCGCGAAGAUGAUGAUAAUACUUAGUAGGAUAUUCCUUACAAAACUAAGUCCAAAGUUCAUUCUGCUAUAUAUUGACAUUAAUAUGUGUUUGUUGUUGGUGUUGUUAUAAUAUUUGUUAUUAAACUAUUGUCUGAAUACGUGUAUCCCCAAAUAGCGUCUGAUAGUAGCGUUGCCCCAAAAUGACAGGACUCCUUUCGAAUAUAACGUGUGUCAUUAAUUAUUUCUGAUGAUGAUUGCGUGAGUUAAUGCGAUCUAUUUUAUUAGCUGUUUUUAUAAUUAAGACCUUUAAGUUUUAUACAGAUGUUACCAUUUAUGGUCAUCUCUGAACCGCUUUAGCUAUACCAAGUUAAUGCAUACUCCGUUUGUAACAAACUAUGUAUGGGACUAAUACAAUGCCUGUGUGUAUGGUCACCAGAUAAUCAUUUGGUAAAAGGUUACUCUCUGCAGAAAGUUUGGUAUGGGAAAAUAUUGUAUCAACUUCAGACCCCGUUUUGAACACAUUUUCAAAUGCAGCAUGAUACAGAGAAAGAGAAACACUUACACGGACAGAAAACUACGUUUAUAACGAACACGCUUAUAACGAACUGACGGACAUAACGAACUGUUUUGGGGU